UGACGCAAUAAUGGCAGAAGGAGUACAAGAGUGAGUAAAGAGAGGAGAGAAGGAAGACUGAGACGUGGAGGCAAGUGGACGGACGGGCAGUCAGAUCGGCGGACAGAUCAAACAUUUACAAAAUAGCCAACAAAAGCACUUCCUGUGGAUUUGCUCUGAGAAGAUCACGCCACAAGUGAACCAGCUCAUAAAGUAGUGAGGACUGCGAAUCCCAAAGUUCUACAAACCAAAGAUUCUUCAAUUCCCUCCCUAAAUGGCGUCAGACCUCUCCAUCUCCGCUGCACCCCCCAGCUCCCCUCCACCUCUCCUCUCGCCUCCUCUCCUUUCUCACCAGUCAAACCAGAUCGGCAUCUCCAUCCUGGUCCUAGCAUUCGUCUUCGGUUUCCCCGGUAACCUAUUUGUUGUGUGGUCGGUGCUGUGCCGUGUGAGGCAUCGGUCAGUUACCUGCCUGCUCGUCUUAAACCUCGCUGUGGCCGACGCGUUGGUGUUGCUAAGCUCCCCGCUUUUCCUGCGCUUCCUGGCAGGCGGACGAGGCUGGGAGUUCGGGGCGGUGGCCUGUAAAAUGGUACACUACCUGUGCUGUGUCAACAUGAACGUGUCCAUCUACCUGAUCAGCCUGAUGAGCUUGGAUCGCUGGCUGGCCGUGGCAAGGCCAUUCCUGGCCCAAAGGAUGAGGACCAAGAAAACCCUGAUGGCUGUUCUACUGGGGAUCUGGGUGCUGGCUUUCGUCUUGGCACUGCCCAUGGCCUUCUAUCGCAGUAACCUGAAGCUGCACAUGAACAGCUCCGUGACCGUCUGCAUGUCGUACCACUGGAAAAGUGUGGGUCACCAGGUGUUCCAGUACCUGUUUGAGACCGUCCUGGGCUUCUUCCUCCCCUUCACUUUCAUCAUCGUCUGCUACACCUCCGUCAUCUCUGGACUACGCAGGGCCAUGUUCCAGCACAAGGGACGGGGAAACCGUCUCAUCCUCCUCAUCAUCGGCACCUUCGCUCUCUUCUGGCUGCCCUACCACGUGGUCAACAUCUUACAGGUGAUUGGUCUACUUGGUGGUAACGACACUCUGUUUAAAGCGGCCGCGGUGGCCCGUCCCAACGUCACAGCGCUCGCUUUCCUGAGCAGCAGCGUGAACCCUGUGCUGUACGUGUUCGCUGGCAGCUCCCACAUCCGCCAGGCCGGCCUCAGCUUCAUGGCCAAGCUCUUCGAGGGCACCAACAUUGAGGGAGGGACCUCUGCCUCCUUUACCCGCAGCACGAAGUCCAGCCGGAGUGGUUCCUCGGCCCCGCUGUCACUCAAGCUGGGGCGGUCGGGGAAGGGGAAGGGGAAGGAGGGGGAUGGGAAUAGUGUGACGGAGCUGCAGGAAGCUGAGGUCAAGGUUAAGUCCAAGCCGGAGCUCAAGACUUUGACCUCCAAUGAUCAGUUGGAGUAGUGUUACUUUUUGUGGCCUACUGUACUAGUCAUAGGUUUACCGUAUUUAAUGUAUUUCGCAGAUCUUUGAUACAAUUUGUGCUUUAUAGCUAGUGUUUGUGGUUGCCUCCAUGCAAUUUCUGGAUAAUAAUAUUAUAAAAUAUCCUUCAAGUUUUAACCUGUUAACAAAUCGAGUCAAUGGCUGUGCCAAUGGCUAGUUGAGCAAAUUGAAGUGUUUUCUUCUCAUGCACAAUGCAAGGCAUUAUGACUGGGAUAUGAGGUAACAACAGGGCCUUGCCUAUGUUAAGUGUUUUAAAAAGUACAGAAGUGUUUGUUAGGCAUUUAGCCUGUGUUUUUAAAAUAUGCUUAAAUUAUUUAAAGAGAAAAAAGUGAUUAUUAAUUCUGUUGAUAAGUGUUUGGGAAAUAAAGAUAUACAUGGUUUUAAAAA